UCGUUGUUCAGUUUGUGAGUGGAUUUCGUGCGGUUCGGUUCGUCUUUUGGUUCGGGAGUGCGUUUCUUCAAAACCGUAUAAAGUAGUGAGCAGCAGUCCAGGGAGAAGGAAAAUAUUUUCCUAGCAGGGGCGAAAAAGAAGAAAAUCUUGCAUAAGUUUUCGUCGCUGAAAAGCCCGUUUUUCGGGUGGAUUCCGUCUGGAUAGCGGAGAAUAGCGUUGGAACGGGCCGAAAACAUCGAAAUUGUGGACGAUUGAACGAUCGUUUCAUCAGGCCCGGGAGGUGUUUACGGAAUCGAAUCGCGGUUCCAUCCCACUAUUGUUCUGGAUUAAGUGCUGUGUAGACAAGGUGGUACGGAAGAAAAUCGUAAAAUAGGCACGUGAAUAAUUGUGACCACCACCGAAACCAGUUGUCCGACAGGAAGAAAGAAAAAGAGAAGAGAAUAAAAGUCGAUCUUUGCGUGUGAAAUCGAAUCAGUGCAAGUGCUUUGUGUGUUGGACUUUCUCCUGAAAAAUAUCGACGAAGUGAGAAAAAGCGGAAUAUAGGUCUGAAGGAAGUGAGCAGGCAAAAAAUCAAAAUAAAUCUUUUCACUCUUACUGCAAACAAUUAUCCUAUCAGCAGCGAUUGCUCGGUUUGGGGUCUUGUGUACGUAAGUUGGGCGUUGUGCGCGUCGUGCGCUUGCCGGACUCGGCGGAAGUCACAAAAACCAACAUUGUGUUGUGGGUAGCCGAAAAAGUGGAAUAAAAGUAGCCCACUGCUCCAUAACGAGCAAGCAAUUUCAUGAGUUUCAAGUGAAUAACCAUCAUCCCACUGUGUCGUGCCGUAAGCACCCUAAGAGACAAGGCAGGCUUACGACGGCAUCUCACAAUUAAGCAAACGAACGCCACAAAUACGGCACAUCACAGCGAAGCAGACGUACUUCGCACCCAGUCAAGAUGGGUGACGUUGAUCCAGAAACGCUGCUAGAAUGGCUGUCGAUGGGGCAGGGAGACGAACGGGAUAUGCAGUUGAUUGCCCUGGAGCAGCUAUGUAUGCUUCUGCUGAUGUCCGACAACGUUGAUCGUUGUUUCGAAAGUUGUCCCCCGCGAACGUUCCUCCCAGCGCUGUGUAAAAUAUUUUUAGAUGAACUAGCGCCAGAGAAUGUACUGGAAGUGACAGCACGUGCCAUCACCUACUAUCUAGACGUAUCAUCCGAGUGCACACGUCGCAUUGUAGCGAUCGAUGGUGCGAUCAAAGCUAUCUGCAACCGGUUGGUGGUGGCCGAUCUCGAAAGCAGAACUAGUCGUGAUCUUGCGGAGCAGUGCAUCAAAGUACUUGAGCUCAUAUGCACUCGAGAAGCAGGGGCCGUGUUUGAAGGAGGUGGACUUAAUUGUGUGCUUUCAUUCAUUCGGGACAAUGGGUCUCAGAUCCACAAAGACACACUCCACUCGGCAAUGGCCGUGGUGUCCAGGCUAUGUACCAAGGUGGAGCCACAAGGUGCUAAUGUACAAACUUGUGUAGAAAGUCUAAGUACUCUGCUACAGCACGAAGAUCCGCUCGUAGCAGACGGAGCAUUGAAAUGCUUUGCUUCGGUGGCAGAUCGAUUUACUAGAAAAGGAGUUGAUCCUGCCCCACUUGCAGAGUAUGGACUAGUAACUGAGUUGUUAAAUCGACUAAGCAACGCUGCAGGACCACAAACAUCAGCCUUGACAGCUGGAGCUAGUUCAAAUGCGACGCCCGCUGCACAGGUCAACAGUCAAGAGACUACAGGAACAGUGCAGCUUUCAUCGUCAGCACCCAAAACACAAGGAGCAGCCGAAGCAGGGCGAUCGAGUCAAUCGAUCGCCACAACUAUAUCACUGUUAUCUACCUUGUGUCGAGGGUCACCAUCGAUCACGCAUGAUCUCCUCCGAUCCAAUCUACCAGAUGCUAUGGAACGAGCCUUCAAAGGUGAUGAACGAUGUGUUCUCGACUGUAUGAGGCUUGCCGAUCUCAUCCUGCUGCUGUUGUUCGAAGGUCGACAAGCUCUUGGCAGGGUGGGUGGAUCUAGCGGUCAGUUAGCUCCUCGUGUGCGAAGAGCAGACUCUAGUACUGAGCGAACACAUCGACAGUUGAUCGAUUGCAUACGUAGUAAGGACACCGAAGCCCUAAUCGAAGCUAUCGAAUCGGGUGGAAUCGAUGUCAACUGCAUGGACGAUGUCGGUCAAACAUUACUUAACUGGGCUUCGGCCUUUGGUACAUUAGAAAUGGUAGAGUUUUUAUGUGAUAAAGGUGCUGACGUCAACAAAGGCCAGCGAAGUUCCUCUCUGCAUUAUGCGGCCUGUUUCGGUCGACCCGGCAUAGCAAAAGUACUGCUCAAACACGGUGCCAAUCCUGACCUACGGGACGAAGACGGCAAAACACCACUGGACAAGGCUCGCGAACGGCCGGAUGAAGGCCACCGUGAAGUUGCUUCCAUUCUUCAGUCGCCUGGAGAAUGGAUGACCGCGGCAACACGAUCGGACUUGAAAACCGACCCCGAAGACGGGGAAAGCGAGCCCCGCGGAGAUCCGGAGAUGGCACCCGUCUAUCUCAAGUUCUUUCUACCAAUAUUCUGCAAGACGUUCCAAAGCACAAUGCUAGCCAGCGUUCGACGGUCUAGUUUAGGUCUGAUCAAGAAGAUGAUUCAAUAUGUCCAACCAGAAAUGCUGUCGAGGCUUUGUUCCUCGGAGGGCCUCCAAAGUCAUGAGCACAGCCUAGGAACUUUACUAGUCGAAGUCGUCGCCAGUGUUUUGGACAACGAGAUAAGCUACAGCUGGCCGUCACAGCCAUCAGCACCAUCUCUACUGCCCUUAACCGUUUCCUCCUCUUCUACCAAUACUACUAGUAGCAAUAGUAUUCUAGCCAAAUAUAGUUGCGCUGACCGAGUAAGCAAGUAUGUCCAGAACCUGCGACUGCAACAAAACCAGCAGCAGCCACCAGAGCGGCGUCGUAACUCUAGUUCUUACAUAAUUCCACCGCCGCCGCCAAUGCUGCCGUUGACCUCCUCCCAGGACGACGAAGAUGGCCAUCUGGUGGUGCUUACCAUUAUCGAAGAGCUCAUGUCCAAGACGCAAGACGAUUUCCUCGAUCACUUUGCCCGGCUCGGAGUGUUCUCCAAAGUUCAGGCCCUGAUGGGAGAAAACGGCUUCAGCGGGGGCGAAGGUGAUAACAACGAUGUGAUCAAAUCCCAAGACGAGCUCAAACCGUCUGCGACCGGAGCACAAGAUGCUUCGGUUGUCUCCACUACUGGAAGCUCCUCCUCUGGAACUGCCACUACUAAUACGGUGGAAGAUGCCAAAGAAAUCCUUCCCGGGAAGGCGUACCACUGGCGAGACUGGAGUAUUUGUCGAGGUCGCGACUGCUUGUACGUAUGGUCGGAUUCAGCCGCCUUGGAGCUUUCGAACGGAUCCAAUGGGUGGUUCCGGUUCAUCCUAGACGGGAAAUUGGCCACUAUGUACUCCAGUGGUAGUCCAGAGAAUGGCAGUGAUAGCUCAGGCAAGGGAAGGACAGCGGAUUCCUUAGCCGGCGAAGAAAACCGUGGUGAAUUCCUAGAAAAAUUACAACGAGCUCGCGGAGCGGUACGGCAGGGAACUCCCUCCCAGCCGAUUCUUUCGUCGCCGAGCCUUUCGCGAAUCGUGGUCGGCAAUUGGGUGCUGCAGAGCCAAAAAGAGCAUCAGCUACAUAUCAACAACUCCGAAGGUCACCAGGUGACGAUCCUGCAGGACGAACUGCCCGGAUUCAUCUUCGAGAGCAAUCGCGGCACGAAGCAUACUUUCACGGCGGAAACCACUCUAGGACCGGACUUCGCCGCCGGAUGGAUCAACACCAAGAAGAAGAAGAUGCGUUCGAAAGCGGAGGCUCAGAAAUAUCAGGUUAAAAACAUCGCCCGAGAUCUGUACAACCGGUACUUCAAAGCAGCUCAAGCCGUCCCGCGGGGCGCCGUGGCAAAACUGUGCACCAUCGUGCGUCAAAUCGAGGCAGCCCUGGAGGAACAAUGUGCCCCUAAGGCGUCCAGUUUGCUGCAGGUUCGGAUUCAACCUGACGCUUCUAAAGCAACGAACAGCACAUGGCAGGAGAAGCUGUACAACGCUCUGCACGAUCUUGUGCAACUGUUGAACGACGAUGGAGUCAUCAGUGCUUACGAGAUGCACAGUUCCGGACUUGUACAAUCCUUGGUGGCCGUGCUGUCCCGGAACUACUGGGAACUGGAGAUGAACCGGAGCAAGGCCAACAAGUACCAGAAGCAACGGAUAUCCAUUUUCAAGAAGUGCAUGUAUGGCGAUACCAAAAAUGGCAAAAACACGGCCAGCAUUCUGGUGCAGAAGUUGGUAUCUGUAUUGGAGAGCAUUGAGAAGCUUCCGGUGCACAUGUAUGACUCCCCAGGGGGUAGCUAUGGGUUGCAGAUUCUCACAAAGCGACUGAGCUUCCGACUUGAGCGGGCAGCUUGUGAGCAAACUCUCUUCGAUAGGACCGGUAGAAACCUGAAAAUGGAACCAUUGGCAACCGUUGGCCAGCUGAACAAGUAUCUUCUGAAAAUGGUAGCAAAGCAGUGGUACGAUAUGGAUCGAUCGUCCUUCUUGUACUUGAAAAAGCUGAAAGAGGCAAAACCAGGAAGUGUACACUUCAAGCACCAGCACGAUUUCGACGAGAAUGGUCUCGUGUACUAUAUCGGGACGAACGGAAAAACCACGGAAUGGGUCAAUCCUGCUCAGUACGGAUUGGUUACUGUCACAAGUAGCGAAGGCAAACAGCUCCCGUACGGUAAGCUGGAAGAUAUCCUGUCGAGAGAUAGCGUUAGCGUGAAUUGUCACACCAAGGAUAACAAGAAAUCGUGGUUCGCCAUCGAUUUGGGAAUGUUUAUCAUUCCAACUGCUUAUACUUUGCGACACGCCCGUGGCUAUGGCCGCUCUGCUCUGAGAAAUUGGAUGUUCCAGAUGUCAAAGGAUGGAAUAAAUUGGGCGACAAUGUUGACCCAUUCGGAUGAUAAAAGUUUGGCAGAACCCGGAAGCACUUGCACUUGGCCACUCGAAUGCUCUGCCGAAGAACAGCAGGGAUGGCGUCACGUGAGAAUCCAUCAAAAUGGACGGAAUGCUUCAGGGCAGACCCAUUACCUUAGCUUGAGUGGAUUUGAAAUCUACGGAAAGGUUGUCUCGGUUUGUGAUGAUAUGGGAAAAGCUGCGGCCAAGGAGAAUGAAGCUCGGCUUAGGAAAGAGCGACGACAGAUUCGAGCUCAGUUGAAGUAUAUCACUCAAGGUGCACGCGUUGUUCGAGGAGUUGAUUGGCAUUGGGAUGAUCAAGAUGGAAGUCCUCCUGGAGAAGGAACCGUAACUGGUGAGAUUCAUAACGGUUGGAUCGAUGUAAAGUGGGACCAUGGUUUAAGAAACUCCUAUCGCAUGGGAGCCGAAGGCAAAUAUGAUCUGAAGCUGUCAAACAGUGAAAACCUGACUGCACCUUACGAUAUGAACAACUCCGGUGCUGGACUUGUUCCAAUUAACGCAGGAAGCGUGUCUUCGGCGAAGAAAGUAUAUGAUAAGUCGUUGAACGUUCUGACCAGUCGCAAAUCGAGCUCUACUCCGAGCCUCCCGGAAGCAACGGAGAACAAGUCAUCAGUAGCUUCGACUGAACAAGCCACUUCCGUGGAUAACCUUGCAUGGAAACAAGCCGUAGAAGUGAUUGCCGAAAAUGUGCUAUCCUGUGCUCGAUCUGAUUUGGCCAAUACCAGUGGUGGAAGUAGCAGCAAUGACUUAUCCGCUCCCGGAUCCAACAAUAAUAAUCUGAACAACCAGGAAGUGUCUGUGAUUGUCCACUCGUUGGGAGAGCGGGGAAACAUCCCAGAUCUGUCGCAAAUCAAUACAAGUACUUCGACUCUAGUCUCGGAUUUGGCCACCAUCACGGAGAAUCUAACACUCUCGGAUAACAUCAAGAACAACAUCAGCAUCGGAAGUAGCACCCAGUUUGUGAGCAACUUUGGAACCCAACUUGCAGCUUGCUCAUCCUCGUCUUCGUCCGAAGACAACAACAAAACCAACAACAUCAAUGAAACCAAUAACAAAAUCAAUCUCAACAACAGCAGCAGCAGUAGUUCCGGUAAAACGGCAUACCUGCCAACCAAGCUCGACGUGUUGGACAAAAUGAGGGAAGGCGUCGACAUGCUUCGGAACAAUACCAACAAUUUGCUGUCCUCGGAAUUGCUCACCCAGUCAAAUCUACUCUCGUCCGUAAAGAUUGCACUUCCGACGCCACAACAACCGCAGCAAACUGGAGCGACAGCUCCCUCAGGACCUUUCUUCGUGGCCAGCACAAGCACUAGCAGCACGAGCACUCUCCCUUCGGGUGAUAAAAUCGUCGGAGAUGUCAAGUUUAACAAUACCAUCAACAAUAAUACCGCUUCCGGUGGCGUAACGAAGAAAGUCCUGAACGAAGUCAAACAGCAGGAACCGGACGAUCGCGACAUUGCCAACAAUUUGAAGAACAACACCAUUGUCGUCGAUUCGGUGGAAGUUGGUGCAGCAGGAAGUUCGAAGGAAUCAACUGCUGAGUCACCUUCGGCGGCGGUCACGGUCAAUCCGAUGAGUGUGAGUGUCCCAAAUCUGACGAGCAAUGAUAACAAUGCUUCACAGGAGGUACAAACUCCACCAGGGUUGUUGGAAACGUUUGCGGCCAUAGCUCGAAGGCGUACUUCUGGAAGCUCUGUAUCCCAUCAUGUGAACCCUAGCUCAAACGCUUCAACCGCUUCUUCCGGAACCAGUGGCACAAACAAUGCUCAACCCAACAAUCAGCUGAGUAGCCUUGGGUCCAAUAUUCAAGCAGCGAACUCUAGCUUCUUCCCGAGGGGGCAAAACUCCGUUACUAGUCUGGUGAAAUUGGCCCUUUCGAGCAACUUCCACAGUGGAUUGUUGAGUACCGCACAAAGUUAUCCUAGUCUCUCGAGUUCGAGUUCGAAUAAUGCAAAUUCGGUCGCGGUAAGUGGAGGAACCAACAACAAUUCAGCGAGCGGAGUCGGUUCCAACAAUGGAUCCGUUCAAAGCGGAAAUGUCCAAGCCGUGUUGAAUCCAGCACUGACGAUGAGUCUCACCUCAACCAGUAGCGAUAGUGAGCAGGUGUCUUUGGAAGAUUUCCUUGAACAGUGCCGAGCUCCAACAUUGCUGGGAGAUUUAGACGACGACGAAGACAUGGAGGACGAGAAUGAUGACGAUGAAAAUGAGGAUGAAUACGAAGAAGUCGGAAAUACUUUGCUUCAAGUGAUGGUUUCUCGUAAUUUGUUAUCGUUUAUGGAUGAGGAGACUUUGGAGAAUCGUCUGGCUGCCGCUGGCAAACGCAAAUCGUGGGACGACGAAUUCGUGCUUAAACGCCAAUUCUCGGCACUCAUUCCUGCAUUCGAUCCGCGUCCUGGCAGGACCAACGUCAAUCAAACAAGUGAUCUGGAAAUACCUGCUCCCGGCAGUUCUACAGACAGUAGUCAUCCGAGUAGCAGCCACUCUGAGCAUGCUCCUUUGCCUCAACCGUCCCUUGCACUUCUUCUGCGUGGUCCCAACAUAAACGGAGUAAAUGAUGUGGAAAUUCCACUGUCGCAGCCCGAUUGGACAAUAUUCCGAGCGGUCCAAGAACUGAUCCUUCAAACCAACAUGACCAAGCAGGAUAAGUUCCGCAAAAUUUGGCAACCAACGUACACCAUCGUCUACAGGGAAGCCUCUUCUUCGGCCGGACUCGGUUCCUGCCGCGGUGAGGACUUCAGCAGCGGAGAAGAAGGACGGGCCACCCCCGUCGUUUCCAUGUUUUCCCAACGCAGUGGAGGAUCUACCCUUUCGCCUAGCUCUCCGAUCCCCGGAACACCACUCAAUCCAACCGCCACCGCUCACUGCACUGUGGACGACGUCUUGCAGCUUCUCGGCCAAUUGAAUGCCAUCAAUCGAACGCUUACAUCUUCUCCAUCCAACAACGACAAGAACCUCAUCCCGGACAUGGAAUCCAACAAUCUCAACGCGGAUAUAUUCUUGAGCAAGAAAAUUACCAACAAACUGCAGCAGCAAAUCCAAGACCCACUAGUCCUGGCGAGUGGAAGCCUGCCGAAAUGGUGCGAAGACUUCAACCAAAGCUGUCCGUUCCUGUUCCCGUUCGAGACGCGGCAGCUGUACUUCAACUGUACGGCUUUCGGCGCCUCGAGGAGCAUCGUGUGGCUGCAGUCGCAGCGGGAUGUGAACCUGGAACGGCAACGGGCUCCCGGGUUGAGCCCACGGCAUGCCGAUCAGCACGAGUUCCGCGUUGGGCGGUUGAAGCACGAGCGCGUCAAGGUUCCACGCGGUGAGAAUCUACUCGAAUGGGCACAACAGGUUAUGAAAGUUCACUGUAAUCGCAAGUCGGUGUUGGAGGUGGAAUUCGUUGGAGAGGAAGGCACUGGAUUGGGUCCGACUUUGGAAUUCUACGCCCUGGUUGCAGCUGAACUGCAGCGAAGUGAUCUGGGAAUGUGGCUGUGCGACGAUGAACCUAAGCUAAUCGAAGACGAAAUCGAUCUAGGAGAGGGAAGCAAACCCAUCGGUUAUUACGUUCGUCGUUCAACCGGAUUGUUCCCGGCGCCGUUGCCACAGGAAUCUGAAAUUUGUGACUUUGUGUCAAACUACUUCUGGUUCUUGGGAGUGUUUCUGGCGAAGGUACUGCAGGACGGUCGUCUAGUCGAUCUGCCACUGUCGAACAGCUUCUUACAACUGUUAUGUAAUAACAAAUCUCUCGCUAGAGGUUCACUAAGCGAACUUUCUUCCAAGUCUGCCUUGCACGAUGAUGUGAUGAUUUCUUCUUUAAUGUCCGAGGAAAGCGAUCGUGAUCUGGUGGAUUCAUAUCAGUCAAAAUUGGCUAACGAUGGCUGUUGGUAUGAUGGAAUCCUGUCCCAAGAAAAUCUCCAAGAAAUCGAUCCGAUUCGGUACGAGUUCUUGAAAGAACUGCAAGAGUUGGUGCAGCAGAAACAAAAUAUCGAACAAAAUGAUGAUCUCACCUCCGAAGAGAAGCUACUGCAAAUUAGCGAGCUUAAAUUCAACACCAAAACUGGCAGUGUAGCUUUGGAGGACCUCGCUCUAACGUUCACCUAUCUACCAAGUUCGAAGAACUACGGCUACCAAUCGGCAGAUCUGAUUCCAAACGGUUCCAACAUUGAUGUAACGAUCAACAACGUCGAAGAGUACUGCAAUUUGACGAUCAACUUCUGCCUGCAAGAAGGCAUUGCUAAGCAACUUACUGCGUUCCAUCGAGGUUUCUGUGAAGUGUUCCCGCUGAACAAAUUGGCCGCUUUCACAUCGGAAGAAAUCCGCAAGAUGCUUUGUGGCGAGCAGAACCCAGAGUGGACACGGGAGGACAUUAUGACCUACACGGAACCGAAACUCGGAUACUCCAAGGAAAGCCCUGGAUUCCUGCGUUUCGUGAACGUGUUGAUGGGGAUGAAUGCCAGCGAAAGGAAAGCAUUUUUGCAGUUCACCACCGGCUGCAGCAGUUUACCACCCGGUGGGCUGGCCAAUUUGCACCCGCGGCUGACAGUGGUGCGGAAGGUAGAUGCCGGCGAAGGUUCCUACCCUUCGGUCAACACCUGUGUCCACUACCUCAAAUUGCCGGACUAUCCGAAUGAGGAAAUCUUGCGGGAACGAUUGCUGACGGCCACAAAAGAAAAGGGAUUCCAUCUUAAUUAGAAAAAUCGCAGUUUUAUGAAUACAGAAAAAAAAAACACCUUGAGCUAACGAUAUCCUACUUCACAAACCCACAAACUGAUGAGCGUGGAUUAUGAUUAGCAAAAUAAACACAUAUUUUCUAGAUAAUGAACUCAUCUAUAAGGUAAAAAUAAAUCAUGUUUCAAACAAGGGAUACAAAAGAUUAAUAAAAAAACAAUAAUAUAUGAAGUGAACAAAUGACAGCUUUCCGAUUACUUAAAGUUAUCGAUCCGUUGUGGUUUUAUGUUAUAAAACUCUAAAAUUAUGAGAACCAAUUUCUGCGAGAGAAAAAAAAAAACAUACAACAAUAGAUAAGAUAAAUGCGAUGAAUAAAGCAUAAAUUUAAAACCCAAAACAUUUUAAGUUUGCUGUGAGUAGAUGAAAAUUAUACACCCCGCUUCAAGUAUAGACUUAGUUAAUCCAUACAAUAAAGAUUCAAAAUUCGUCAGCUUUUUAAGUAGUCAUAGUCCAAAAUCAUUUAAACUGUACAUACAUAAAAGAGAGGACAAAGAACCGGUACUACUCGAGAGAGUGCAAAUGGGUCACUUCUGAGCGUUACGUGAUUGAUCAGAAAUUUACUUGUUUUCAGCACGAUAUUUUCAAAGCCUAACAAAAUUUGUAUAAUCCAAUAUAUUUUUAGGACAAAUUUUGAACCACCACCAUUGAACGAUUGAAAAAAUAGAAUGAUUCAAACAACUAUUGGUCACUGGAAGUUUACACAACGUUGAAACUCACAAAUACACAAUAAAAGUAGAAUCGAAAAUUGACGUAUACAUUAUAUAGAAAUGAAUAUGUUUUACAUUGUAUCAUGGAUGAAAUCAAAAUUACCUAA